AAUCGACUCAUUCUGACAUGGUCUAUUAUGUUAAUAAUUAUAUCAAAAAAAAAAAAAAAUUAAAAAAUUAAAUUAAUAUUCGACAAUAAAAAUGAAACAAUCGGCGUUACUUGUCAUUUUGGUAGCAACACUUCUGAAAAUACAGAGCACAGAAGCACAUUUCAAACCUAUGCACUUGGAAUCACCGUUGUCGUCGCCUCUGGGAUUUGAACAAACUUCCGCACUAUCUACAUUCGGCCAAUCUUCCGACUUGAAGACUAAACUAGCAAUUCACAAAACCAUAACUUUUUUGACCAUUUUAACGUCAAACCCGAAAUUGCUGUGCAUCGUCCCGCCGUUCUUGGUCAUCGACUUCCUCACGCAGUUGUCGUGCAACCCGGCGAUCCUCAACGCCAUACCACACCACCUGUUAUCGGGUUUCAUGACCUCGGUAACGGCCGUUCCGACGCUUGCAAAUGCCAUACCACCGACAUUGUUCGUGUCGAUCAGCAACUCGCUGUCGAUUGGAUCGCCUGACUCCACGGGACCCGCCGGAUCGUCAGGACCCGAACUCCUCCCUACACCACAGCCGAUCACAUCUGUAAGUGCAGAAGUUGCAGCCGUGAUAACGCCGGCCGCUCCGUCAUCGGGACCCGCGUCCAGUUUGCCCGGUAUUUCGGUCACAAAAGACGUUACCGCGUCUAUAUCGCCGGUCGCUCCAUCAUCGGGACCCGCUCCCGGUUUGCCGGGCGUCUCAAUAACCAAAGACGUUACAGCAUCGAUAACCCCUUCCGCUCCGUCACCGGGACCAGCGUCUAGCUUGCCGGGCGUUUCAAUAACCAAAGACGUUUCCGCGUCGAUUAUCCCGGCCGCUCCGUCACCGGGACCAGCAUCUAGCUUGCCGGGCGUUUCAAUAACCCAAGACGUUGCAGCAUCGAUAACGCCGGUCGCUCCGUCAUCGGGACCAGCAUCUAGCUUGCCUGGUGUUUCGAUAACCAAAGACGUAACUGCGUCGAUAAAUCCACUCCCUCCAGCCGAUUUACCCACGUCCGAUGGUAUACCGCAUGCUUAUCCACCAGCCGCACCUUCAGCACCAGCGGUCCCAGCUGUGCCUGCGGUCGGAACAUCAGUGCCGUGUAUAGAUGUGCCCACCGGCGGAUCACCCACAUUACCGGCACUGCCAUUACCAUCGCCGACACUGCCAUCGCUGGGCCUCCUGUCGUCGUUGUUCAAUAAGGGAACUGCGGGGAGCCUAAUAGAAUCAAAAAUCGAGGCCAUUAUUAAACUGUUUGCAAGUGGCCACUUAAAAUUACCGCAGUUACCACAAUUGCCACCGUUGCCCCAAUUACCACUUCAUAUACCCGAAGUAGGUAAUACUGUGUCAAAAAAACCGAUAAUACAUGUCAAUCCCGAACCAUCAAAGGUGUUUAUCCUUUUACCCGCUCCGGUGCUAGGAAAGCCGGAAAUACCAUCCGCACAGGCAACCAAACUUUAUUAUAAACCAGAUUCAUUUAACCGGAUCCUCGAUUUUGUUCACCAACGUCUAUUCGCUCCACCUCAAAAACUUACCUUACCAAAACUUAACUUGCCAAAACUUAGCUUGCCAAAACAUAACUUGCCAAAACUAACUCCGAGUUAUCCGGCCGUGUCGGUGCAGGCAAACCCAAUUAAAUGCCCACCCAUAUUCUCCAAAGUUCCUUGUUAAUACACUGUACGAUAUAAAACAGCCCAGUUUAUUUUUCAAAAAACACACAUCUCCAUUUUUAAUG